AAGUGGAUUCUGCUCAGAUGUCCCCACCAAAUUUGAGCUUACAAAACGAUCAACUUCUAGUCACGGAUGCUUUAUCAUAAGAUACGCAUUCGACAAGACUGACAACAGGUCAGAACAGGUACCAUAGAUUGGCUUGUCCUAGGGCAUGUAAACCGGCAUUUCUGCGGAACAACCACCACCAAGACUAUUGUUCAUCAUGAUGAGGAUCACGGAACUUUAUCUCUAUCCCAUCAAAGCCCUACGUCCAGCAUCCAUUACUAGGUCGUACAUCAAUCAACAAGGUUUUGAACAUGACCGUCGCUUCAUGCUUGUCAAAGUCGAGCCUGACGGUGGCUUGAAGAACGUGCAAACCAUUCAUUUUCCCGACUGUACUCGGCUCUUUCAGGAAAUUGACGGGGACGAUGUUGUCGUAAGGUACAAGGCGCCGGAGGUGCCUCUGAUCCCGGCAACACCAGAGCAGAGCACGGCACUGAGAGUUCCUCUACGGCCAAGUACAGUGGGCCUACAAACGAUUGACAUCACGCUCAUGGAUAGCACAGGUACAGCGUAUCGAAUGGCAGACGAAUAUAAUAAGUGGUUCAGCGCGUGCUUGGGAUAUGAAGUCGUCCUUGUAUACCUUGGAGAUGGGAAGCGCCCGAUCUUAGCUCAUACACCACCAAGGCCAACAAUGCAAAAGCAAGGCUGGCUGUCGACCAUUACGUCUUAUGUCACAUCGGGACAGAAUAGUGAUAUGCAGGAGCCUGAUGUUGAACAAGACUGGUUGACCUUUAACGAAGCGGCGCCACUGCUCAUUACAUCUGAAGCCUCGCUCGCGGAUGUCAGCGCCCGUCUCCCGGACGAUCAGAACAUGGAUAUGAAGCGGUUCCGGCCAAACAUUGUUGUUGACGGCCUCGAAAAGUGGGACGAAGACUUUUGGGGCGAACUGGUCAUCGGGCAGAGCAGGCACAAGCUGGCGUUGACGGCCAACUGUGCCCGUUGUCUGUCGAUCAACAUUGACUAUGACACCGGCCGCGUCGCCAACGGUGAGGCGGGUGCCGUGCUAAAAAAGCUCAUGAAAGACCGUAGGGUAGACACAGGAAACAAAUGGUCGCCAAUAUUUGGUCGUUAUGCUUUUCUCCUGGAUCAAAACGGUGCCGAUAUCGCGGUCGGAGAUAAUGUGACGGUCACAGAGCGCAUUGCCCAGAGGGAUGUUUGGACUUGGCCGAAGGGCAGCUCAUGAGAUAUCUUCGCCAAUGUAAUAGCAACAUGGUGAUAUCGGAGCCGGGCCGCAUGAUUUGAUUGUAGCCUAGGUAUUUUGCAGUGCCCAACCUGAGUUGUUCCGGAUCUCUUUUGAUGGCGACGAGCACUGUUCUGAAGGGUAUCAAACCUGAAGUUGCAACGAGGCUCGCCUUAUGUUACACAUCUCAUGUCACAGAGCAUGCGUGGCGCAAUGACUGCCAGGUGCCCAAAAUGUCAAAGC